GGAAGCAAAAGUGGCAGUUAAAUCCAAGAUGGCGGCCACGGUCGUUCGCAGUCUCGGCUCUAGUUUGAGUAAAAGCUUGCGGGAGGUCCGGGUCCAUCUGUGCCAAACGUCGGCAGGCAGUAGAGGGGCCAGAGACUUUGUGGAGCAUCACUAUGUCCCUCUGAAAAAGUCCAACCCUGACUUUCCAAUCCUUAUCCGAGAAUGUUCUGGAGCACAGGCCCGAUUAUGGGCCAGAUAUGAGUUUGGUAAAGAAUGCAGUGUCUCUGUGGAGAACAUGUCAUCUGACCAGGUGGCUCAAGCUCUGCGCACAUUGGUCCAGUCAGCACCCUGACACGUUGUCAUCCCCCCACCCUCUCCCUCUGCUGGGCGGACCAGUCUAAUUAAACUUCUCUGUUGAAAUGCAAAUAUGUUAAUGUUAAUAAAAAACAAUAUUGUUCAGAA